GGAACCAUGGAUGUUCAUGAAUCAGAGCUUCAGGGGCUUUAUACCUGGGUGGACGAAAUCCCUCUUUCAAGGCCUAAGCGAAACAUUGCCCGUGACUUUAGCGAUGGCGCAGUCCUCAUGGCGGAGGUUAUCCACCAUUUCUACCCCAAAAUCGUUGAACUUCACAAUUACAGCUCCGCAAAUGGGCUACAGCAGAAGAUGUACAACUGGAAUACGCUAAAUGCAAAAGUGUUUAAGCGUUUAGGCUUUGUUGUGCCGAAGCAAGAUUGUGAGGCCUGCUGCAAUUGUAAGCCUGGAGCGGUAGAGCGUGUGCUGAAGCUCAUCAAAGUCAAGAUUGCCAAGUUCAAGGAG